GUGACCUUGGGAAGCUCCUUGGGCCACCUUAGAGGUUGUCCUUAAGGGCCGGGGGUUGGAGGAAAUCAGAGCUCACCAUUUACUAAGAAAUCCCUAGCCCAUGCACCUUGAGCUGCCUGUGACCCUGGAGGGAAGUACCAUUUCUGCCCUGUUUGCUUGCUGAAGAGAAAACCGAAGGUCAGAGCACCACGGUGACUCUGAAGACAGUCAGUGGCAGCUGAGUUAGGAAUCUCUCUAUCCCUGGGUGCUGGAAACGCCAGGUGCCAGGGAGGAGGCUGGGUAUGUAGCGCAUCUCUCCAACCCCCACAGGAACAGGCCAGGAGCCACUGCCAUGGCUGUAGGCAAUAUCAACGAGCUGCCAGAGAACAUUCUACUGGAGCUGUUCACCCACAUACCGGCCCGCCAGCUGCUACUGCGCUGCCGACCUGUCUGCAGCCUCUGGCGAGACCUCAUUGACCUGGUGACCCUCUGGAAGCGCAAGUGCCUGCGAGAGGGUUUUAUCACUGAGGACUGGGACCAGCCGGUGGCUGACUGGAAGAUCUUCUACUUCCUUCGAAGCCUCCGAAGGAACCUCCUUCACAACCCAUGUGCUGAAGAGGGAUUUGAGUUCUGGAGCCUGGAUGUGAACGGAGGUGAUGAAUGGAAGGUGGAAGAUCUCUCCAAAGACCAGCGGAAGGAAUUCCCCAAUGACCAGGUCAAGAAAUACUUCGUGACUUCCUAUUACACCUGCCUCAAGUCCCAGGUGGUGGACCUCAAGGCUGAAGGGUAUUGGGAGGAGCUGAUGGACACCACCCGACCGGACAUCGAGGUCAAAGACUGGUUCGCAGCCAGGCCAGACUGCGGGUCCAAGUACCAGCUGUGUGUUCAGCUCCUGUCGUCGGCCCACGCACCACUGGGAACCUUCCAGCCAGACCCCGUAACGAUUCAGCAGAAGAGCGACGCCAAGUGGAGGGAGGUGUCACACACAUUCUCCAACUAUCCUCCCGGCGUCCGCUACAUCUGGUUUCAGCACGGAGGCGUGGACACUCACUACUGGGCCGGCUGGUACGGCCCGAGAGUCACCAACAGCAGCAUCGUCAUCGGGCCCCCACUGCCCUGAUGCCCCCCGAACCCCUAUCCUCGGAGCCCUAAUUGGUAAACAGCUGUCAGAAAGGGCCAGGCUCAGGAAGUGUGGGGGAGGGGGGUGGAAGCCAGGCACUCCCAGACCUGUUCGUCUUUGGCCCCCAGCUGCCUCCUCUGUGCAGAGCUUCUACUGUCUGGGCCACACUCUUCUCUCCAAAGGCUGGCCCUCCAGCAAGGUCACCCCUUUAAGGGGUGCAGUGCCUGAGGUUAGGUGGAUACAAAAGUUAUCAGGGAGAGAGCCCCAAGCUCGAAUGCUUGCCCAGAUCUGUCUGUACCUCUGCCCUUUGUUCUCCUUCAGGGCCCUUAGAGCAGAGAUGAGUGAGACACCUGACAGGUUUGGGGACUGCCUUUGAUGAUGCAGACACUGAGGGGCAGAUCUGGGAUAGGAGGCGGCUCUGCUGGCCAGACCUUAGCCUGGUUGUCAGCUGUGGCUUCUGUCUUGGCUAUCUUCCUUGCUUUGGCUUGGAAGUCAGGCCUGGUACCAGAUAGGCAGGUAGGAUCAGACUGUCCUUGUCAUCAGCAAAACCCAGAAAGCCAGGUGGGUACCGAUGAGUGCAGGGCUCCCCAGAGAACCCAUGUAAUCCCACUCAGGAUGCAGGGGCAGGAUGGACCUUGAUUCUGAGAGCUGAAAUGGGGAAACCAAGUAGAGGGGCCUGGGCAAGUUCUCUAUGGCUUGGAGAUGUCCAAGCCCCAACACUGUUGGAGCGUCCAUUCCCACACUGUCCCCUGACCCCAGACCACCCCAACCCUCCUACUGCACAGCCAAAUAAAACAUUUCCCAGCC